AUGACCGGCAUGAUCGAAGACACAGAAUACGAGGAGGAGCGAAGACGGCUGAUAGCUAGCGAAAAUGAAGCCCUGCUGUUCGACCUGGGGCUCGACAAGCCCGCGUUUGAGAAGAAGGCCAAGCCAAAACCCAAGCCCAAGGCGCCGAAGAAGCGGUCCGGGGACGACGAGUACAAGCCUGAGGAGGUGCGCCGCUCGAGGCGCGUGUCGGGGUUCCGCGCGCAGACGAGCGACUCGGAGGGAGGGCGCAAGCCGACCAAGCGCCGCCGCGGGCCGUCGCAGCCCAAGCGCAGGGCCGAGGACUAUAUCCCCCAGCGCAACGCGCAGCGCCUCGGCAUCCGAACGCAGGACCCAUGUAGCAAGCAGCACGGCCACAUCCCCGGCGUCGAAGUCGGCCGCUGGUGGGCGACCCGGAUGGACUGCUCCACCGACGCGGUGCACGCGCCGACCGUGGCCGGUAUCAGCGGCAACCGCGACGACGGGGCGUACAGCGUGGCCCUGAGCGGCGGAUACCCCGACGACGUCGACAUGGGCGACAUGUUCACGUACACCGGUGCGGGCGGGCGCGACCUCAAGGGCACGGCCAAGAACCCCAAGAACCUGCGGACGGCGGCACAGACGUUUGACCAGAGCUUUGACCACGUUAACAAUGCCGCGCUGCAGCGCUCGUCGAUUACGCGUAAACCCAUCCGCGUGAUCCGCGGGUACAAGCUCGACUCGGAGUUUGCCCCCGCAGAGGGGUACCGCUACGACGGGCUGUACAUUGUCGAGCGCGCGUGGAUGGCCAAGGGGCUCACCAAGGGCCUGCUCGUGUGCCGGUUCGCGUUCAAGCGCGUGCCCGGGCAGCCGCCGCUGCCCCAGCGCGCCGAGGAGGCGGAGGCGGAGGACGCGCAGGCCGAGGGUGUCGAGAGCGAGGAGAACGACGUCGAGGAGGUCGCGCAGGUGAUCGAAGCUGAAGACGACGUCGCCAAGCGGGAAACGAAGCGCAAGUCUGCCGACGCUGAGGCGGCCCCACCUCGCAGGGGGCGCGGCAGGCCGCCCAAGGCCGUAGCGCCGCAGGUGGUCGAGAGCACCGAGGUGCAAGCCGCGCGCCGCCGCUCCGAGCGCGUCCUUGCCGAGCUGUCUAUUGCGGAACCGCCAGAGGUUGACCUCGCCGAGGUCGAGCGGGGCAGCCGCAAGCUCGUCGAGGCUGCACAGCCGGAGGCGGAGGUCGUCCCGGCCAAGCGCGGACGUGGGCGGCCGCCAAAGACGCCCACGGCGACACCGACGAGCCCGCCGCGCCGCGCAUCCGGGGUCAAAGUCGAGGUGAGAGCCACGCCUGAGGUGACGGAGGUCAUCGCCAAACGCGGGCGCGGAUGGCCGCCCAAGACGUCCAAGACUCCAACAACGAUCACGCCGCGCCGCGCGACCCAGGUCGAAGUCGAGAUUAUCAGCCCCAGUCCACGCCGCGCGCGCACAUCCGUGUCCGCGUCUCCUGCCAAACGCAAGCCUCGUGUGUCCGCGCCUGGUCCUACCCCUGCUCCUGCCUCUGCUCCUGCUCCCCGCCGCGGCCGUGCCCGCCGCUACGUCUAG